AUGGCCGAUCUUAGCUACGACGAAUUUUCCUUCUUAGCCGAGAUAUUUAGUUAAAGGGCAUGCUGGCCAUAAGUGGAGUUAACAAUUAGCUGCUGUCCAUUUUGGCUCGAAAAUGUUGACCUUUGGAUUUUUGAUUUGAACCAUAUGCCCAAAUAUUGCUCUUGAGGGCAGAACCACCAUCUGUGAGGUGCCCUAUUCCUGAUAAGAAGAGACCAAGUGAGAAGCGAAACCUGUCUCAUCUAUCUGGUAGGACAGGAAAAUUUUCGAGUGAGAAACAAAAACUUCCAUUUUCCCAAACCUAAGCCAAAACCCGAAUGCCUCCUUCAAAAAGUGAUAAGGCACUAUUUUCAGAUUCAUCAGGAAGGGUCCUAUCUCGAAUAAGGAGUGCAACUUGUCAACAUCGUCAUUUUAUUUCUUAGGCGAGAUAGGUAUUCACAAAACAAAUCACGGCUGCUUCAGCGGAUCAUGGUCUGGAGAAGGCUCAGAAAUUCCAGCUAUAAAUCCGCAUGAUGGUCGUGUAAUAGCCCAUGUUAAGCAAGCCACUCCACAAGAAUUAGAAACUUGCUUGGCAAAUGCUGAAUCAGCUAAAAAGGUUUGGUGGAAUACCCCAGCUCCUCGUAGAGGUGAAAUUAUUCGUCAGAUAGGAGAAGCCUUACGUGCCAAAAAAGAAGCCUUAGGAAGAUUAGUUACCCUUGUCAUGGGAAAAUCCCUAACUCCUUCGUGAGCGAAUAAAAUCCAUGAGUUACAAAAGUUUAUUUAAUAUAAAUUUUUUCAAAAAAUAUGUUUAUAUAUAAAUGAUAAAAAUCUCUAGGCUAUUUUUCUUAUAUUUUAAACAGUUCUAUCUAAAAGAUAAAUUCAUAAAUUAAAUUACUUUCCAAAUUAUUUUAAAACUAUAAAUCUUUUAAAAAAAAUUAAUCCCAUCCGUUAGUAGGGUUAGUAGGGGGAGUAAGUGAAGGAUUAGGAGAAGUUCAAGAGUUUAUUGACGUCUGCGACUAUGCACUUGGCUUAUCAAGACAGCUUGAUGGAAAAGUUUUCCCAUCAGAACGCAGCAAGCAUAUGCUCUUGGAGAUAUGGAACCCAUUAGGAAUUGUUGGAGUCAUCACUGCUUUUAAUUUCCCAGCUGCUGUGUUUGGCUGGAAUGCAGCUAUUGCACUUGUCUGUGGAAACUGUGUAAUUUGGAAAGGAGCAUCUUCGACUUCAUUGGUAUCAAUAGCAUUCACUAAGGUAAUGGAAGAGGUCUUGGUAAGAAAUGGAAUACCACCAGCAGUGGUAACAAUGGUUGUCGGACCUGGCGGAAGCGUAGGAGAAGCCUUAAUGGCAGAUCACAGAGUCAAAUUAAUUUCAUUCACAGGCUCAACCUCCAUUGGAAGACACGUAAGCCAAGUUGUUCACAACAGAUUUGGAAGAACCAUUCUCGAACUAGGCGGAAACAAUGCAGUCAUCAUUAUGGACGACGGCAAUGUUGAGCUUGCACUCAGAGCUUGCUUAUUUGCUGCUGUUGGAACUGCUGGUCAAAGAUGCACCACACUCAGAAGACUUUUAGUCCACAAUUCACAAUAUGAUACUGUCAAAACUAGACUUGUGGAAGCCUAUAAGCACAUUAAAAUCGGAAACCCUCUAGACCCUACCAACCUUAUGGGUCCUCUUCAUACAGCAGCUGCUGUCAAAGAAUUCACUGAUGGGAUUGCUACCAUUCGUGCUCAAGGCGGCCACAUUCUUUCAGGAGGAAAUGUCAUUGAAGGACCUGGCUUCUAUGUCGAGCCUACAAUAGUAGAAAUUGCUCAUGAUGCCCCAAUAGUAAAAGAAGAGCUUUUUGUCCCAAUUCUAUACUUGAUCCCAUUCUCUACCUUUGAAGAAGCUGUCGCUAUUAAUAAUGAAGUCCCUCAAGGACUUGCCAGCUCCAUGUUCACCAACAACUUAAAACACAUGUGGGAAUGGCUUGGGCCUAAUGGCUCUGACUGCGGUCUCGUCAAUGUUAACAUGGGUUCAUCUGGUGCUGAAAUCGGUGGAGCUUUUGGAGGAGAAAAAGAGACUGGAGAAGGCAGAGAAAGUGGCAGUGACUCCUGGAAACAAUAUAUGAGAAGGUCAUCAUGUGCUAUUAACUACUCAUCAGAGCUUCCUUUAUCACAGGGCGUUAAAUUUGAUUUAUCUUAA